AUGACUUCAAAUCAGGAAAGCUCCGGGCUGCUUGAACCAGCGCCUAGCGUAUCGCCUCCAGAGAAAAGGCCAGGCCUACUAAGUCGAAUGAAGUUUAGGAUGACGGUCGACAAAACUGCAUUCUUCACAUUAGUCAGAACCGGAGCAAUCGAUUCACUCAAAAACGAUCUGGAAAAAGGCGCCACGGUCAAUGCACAUGGCUCGGAGGGGCAAACGGCAUUGACACUAGCGACAUUAUAUGGCCAAGAAGAAGUGUUAUCUUUAUUACUCGAUUACAAGGCCAAGACAGAACUGAAGAAUAAGAAUGGGGAAACUGCCCUCUUUGUGGCUGUCGCGAAAGAAAAUGAGGACAUUCUCAAGUUACUUCUACUUCGCGGAGCAGAUCCAAAUGGUUCGAAUUCAAAAGAUGGUAAAUCACCUCUUGCACAAGCUAUUCUAUGUGGGAAUGUGAGCUUGACUGGUCUCCUCCUAAGCCAAGGAGCUACUCCCUAUGUGAUAUGCGUCAACGGUGAGCCUGCGCUUGUAUAUGCCGCUGAAAACGACCACAUCGAGAUCGCGCGGCUGCUGAUGGAUCAUGGAGUUCCAGCGGAUCAGCCUGGAAAUACCUCUAGGACCGCCCUCUCCAAGGCUGUGAUUUCCGGCAGUGUCGGGAUGGUCAAGCUCUUAAUGGAACAUGGAGCGAAUCCAAAUCGACAGGAUAGCUGGGGAGUGUCACCUAUGAUCAUCACUAUGCAAAAUCGGAAUAGAGAACUCAUGGAGAUUUUCUGCCAAUUCGGGCACGUUCCUCGUAAACCCGACUGGAUGUCUUCAGGAAGAAGUUCUGCUGCCUAUGGAUUUGCCGAUGUGAUGACUGGAAUGUCCUUGGCAUAG